GUCAACCAAAACAAGGUGGACAUGCGUCAGACGUUUACUCGGAUGGUGGCAGAAUCGUUGAAACCGCCAGACGAGCCAGGGCUGUUACCGGAUUCACAAGGUGCUAUAGGCGGAGCUCCCAUCUCCGCUAAUCAGCAGUACCAACAGCUUACACCCCAGCAGCAAAUGCAACAACAACAGCAGCAGCAGUCUGCGAUGAAAGGGCCGGCUCCUUUAAUGAGACCCCCAAUGAAUGGACCUCCCUUGGUAAUGUCACACCAGAUGAUGCAGGCUCGGCCUGGUUCAAACCAGCAGCCUCCUGUCUCAGUGACUCCACCCCAGGAGAUUCAACACCAGAUGCUGGGUGUCAAUUUGAGCAUACCCCCGCCCCAAUUGCCAGGCCGAGCGAAUAACCAAACGGUCUACAGCCCAGCACAGCAGCAACCGCAGCAUCCUACUCACCCAGCUCCCCACCUCCCACAGACUCCUUCUCAACAGCAACCGCAGCCAGUCAGACAACACAUGUCUCCGGCGAUGCCGACACCACUUCAGCAGGUUCAGCUACAGGCGCAGCAGUCGCCCCACCAUCUCCCCUCCCAGCAGUCUCCCCACCAUCUUCCCUCACAGUCUCCACACCUUCUUCAUCAGCCUCUUCUCAACCAGGUCCCUCAUGCUGCUCAGAAUCAAUCCCCCCCAUACAGCCAAAUUUCUUCUCCUAGCAUGACUGUUAACCCUGCUCAGCAGAUCUCCAAUAUGGGAGUCAACUCUGCUGCACAGCACCUCCCUCCUACAAACUUGGCCGGCAACCCUUCUGAGCAUCAGAUGAGGUCCGGCAUGGCUGUCCACCCUACUGUCCAGCCACUUAAUCAGGUGGAUUUAGAGAAGCCAAAGCCACAAAUGGUCAAGGAUGGUCGUAGGGGCAAAAAGAAUUUGAAGGGCCUUAAUAGCAAGGAUAUCAGUGGUUCAGAUAUGGACGCCUUUUUCCCUAACAGCAAACCCAGCACACACAGCCAGGAGACUGAUACAGCUGUGAAUGGUGCCGGAGGGUUACCUGUAAAACAGGCCCUGGUGGAAGAGCGUGAAACAAAGCAAGACACCAGCAAAGGUUUGGAGAGCCCACAGAAGGACAGGACACCUGCACCAGAAUC